AUGUCGCCGCCUUUUACACCGGCGUCAUCGGCACUGCAAUUACAGUACAGAGCAGCGCUCUACAAGGUUGAAACCUACGAAAAGAAUGGGGCGAUGAAAGAUGAUAUAGCAUCACUACGUGACCAGAGUGGAAAUUGGACAAAUGUGUCUAGUGCGUUUCCUUCUCGUUUGGAAGAGACUCUCACGUACACCUCAAGGAAGAACCAGUCAUUACCUUCACCGGAAAGGAAUGCUUUGGUCGGUACUUGGACUUGCAUGAUCUGUAUAACCAGUACAUCAACUCUAGUUGCGGUGAAAAGGUUGACUACUCUGCUUACCUUGAUGUUUUUUCUCAACCAGAGAGAAUAUCUCCUGAGCUUAAGUUGUCUAGGUAAAAACAUUUCAUUGUAUUCUGAAGUAGUGAAUCUUCCUGGAAUCUUGAAAGAAGAGCUGAGAAAGAAUGCCGCUGAUGUGGAGACGGUUCUUGAGAAUUGUUCCAACCGUCUUCAAUGGAAUGGAUAUGGGGAUCACUGGGUGAAAGCAAUGGAGGCCAGGAAAGCAAUGGAGAUGAAGAAAUCUAGGGAGGCCAAGAGUGCUCUACUUCCAAUUCACAAUAACAAAAGCAAUAAUAAUUUGAAUGUUCUUCAUUAG